AAAGACAAACGCCAGCGUACGGCACGGGAAGUUGGUGAUCGUGAGACGACGCGUAGAAUAAAAUAAAAUCUGAUCUAUUAUUUAAUGACGAGCGCUAGAAAAUCGAGUACUCAACGUCGACGGCCCGAGUAGGCCACAUAGAAUAACUCAUACCCAUCAGUACAAAUACAUCUAGUCCCGAAAAUUUAUAUCUAACAUUAUAUACAAAAAGUGAUUUGAAAAAGACUUUGAUUGUUUUCGUAUAUGUGGCACGACGCAGUGAGCCGCGCAGUAAACGAUCUUGGUUUUUAAUCGUUAAUCGUGCGUGGAGAGAAUUUAACGCGUAAGGAAAACUCGUGUCUCAAAUGGAUUUCCUAUCCAAUCUCAUUAAGCGACCCAGCAGCAUUAUGCUGCCCAUCCCAGAAACCGACAGUCUCACAACGAAUUCAGCCAGCUCCGAGACAACUUCAAGUCCGCCGCCACCGCCACAAGUCAAUUUAAUCAUGGAUCGUUGCAAUAUCGAUACCGAACUGGAGAAUCUUUUUGAUUCGGCAGCUAAGGACUUGAAUAGUUUAGGAGAACAGCACAAUCUUCUUAUUGAUGAUGUCGAUAAGGAACCUGAAGUUGUAUCGACGCCCUCAAGUCCUCGAGAGACCAUACAACAGCUGCUUAGCGAGAUUAAUGUGAAUUUGGAUCAAGUUACCGCCCAUGAAAUGGAACAUUUGCAGGCAAUGAGCCUAGAGCUCAGUCCGUUGGUGGUAAAGGCAAGUCCGAGACACAACAGCAUGGAGCAACAAAAGGCGCUGGCCGCUGCCGCAGUUAUGCGAACUGCAUCGCAGCCUGGAACACCGACAAUGCCAACAAUUAGCGGUGAUCUUUUCCGACAACAGGAUGUGGAGACCGGAAUCGUUAAAUUUGUAGGUCUGCCUGAGUUCGAUGAGGCACAAAUUCCGGAAUUGGCUCCACUUCGCGCUGAAAUGGAAACACAACUUAUAGAGAAUGUAAAUGCAUCUACAGCAAAGUCAUCAGAUCGCGACUACAAUUCAGAUUCAGAUGUCUUUGCUGAAUGUCUUUCCAUGAAUAGUGCCAAGAUAUCAGCGGAGCACAGCGACCUGGAAGCAUAUUCGAGUGCACUGAAUGAGGUGCUGGAGAACCAGUUGUCUAAUGUGACAGCCACUACUCUGGAAAAUACACUAAGCAGCGACCAACAUUCAGCUGCUCUUAGCCAUAACGAUAGUUGUGAGCCCAUGGAUAUUGAUGAAAUAGCUGAAACAAUAGAAAUACUAAAUUUCUCGCCCGAGGACCAACAGUUCCUUCAACAACAGUUACAGUCGAUUGGAAUGCAACCAGAUCGAACGAAUAAAGAACCACAGUUGGAUAAGGUACUGGAAAAGCAAAUACAAAGCGAGGAGCAGAAAGUGAUGCAACAGGUGGAUCAGCAGGAUCUAGAAAAUCACCAGCCAUUGCAGAAUAAGUUGGAUGCAGAGCAGCAACAUCUGGAUGUGAAUAAGCCUCCACUUGAUGAUCUUGAAAAUCAAUUACUUGUGCAACAAUUAAAUAGUGAGCAGUACAAGAAAAAUGAUCCCAUAGUCGAGGAUUUAUUAACUAAGGUUGAACCAAUGCUCAAACAACAUGACAAUCAAUUACUGAUGCAACAAAUGGAUAUUCAACAGCAAGAGAAAAAUAAACCAAUAAUCGAGGACGUAUUGGCUAAGGUUGAACCAUUGCUAAAACAACAUGAUAAUAAGAUACGUGAGCAACUAUUGGAUAAUCGACAGCAUGAACUAAAAUUGGAGCAACAAUUAUUGGAAAAGAAUGAAGAAUAUCAGCAGGAAUCCUCACAGCUGAGAGUUGAAGUUCCUGCCUCUCCACCCAUACCCACGCAUAGAUCAAAGACACUUGAUGAGUUACAAGAGCAAAUGGUAUUACAACAAUUUGAUCAGCCAUCGGAGGAAAUACCAUCGACAGUACAACAGCCUGCGACUCAAAUAACAAGACAAUUAGAGUCUACAUUGGAUGCGGUAGAAAAGAAACCUAUGGAUCAGAAUGAUUUGUCUGAGCAACAAGCAGCUUUAGCAUUGCCUGUUUCCGAUAUGAAACCGCUUCAACUGAAUAUGGUCGAUUCGUCCCAUGAAGGCAACACGACACCCACAUCUCCAUCUUUUCCGAUUAAAGAACCUGAGAUACCCUGUCAUUUUCCAAGAUCACCGCACGCACCUCCCGAGCGUGAGGAAAUGCCAUAUCUGGAGCAGGCGGUCAUUGAGCCGUCGAUUGAACACCAGCUCCACCUGAGUGGAGCUAUAGCUAAAUUCCCACUUCCGAUACAGGUAACCGUCACGCAGCCAAGUCCAGAAAAACCAACCGAGAAGCAGUUAAGUACAACUAUUUCUAUGGACAAUGGCUCGCCAAUGAAUGAGACCUUUAACGGUAAACAAUCUGAGUUCAUUGAAAGUGAUCCACAACAGUCGCAUGCUGUCUUUGGAGUGCCGCUAGGUGAAGCUCAUCAUCAGCAGCGUCGCACAUUUUCAUUGAAUGAUACCACUCGACAGGCGGAGCAACCUCUGGAGGAACAAUCUCUUCCGCUUAAUGCAACUAUAGCCAUAAACGGAGAAUCGCCAUUAAACGACACCUAUGCUUUGCCACUUAAUGCGGCUAAAAGUCGUGAACGUCAGACCUUUACCAUAUCAGAUCUGCAACAAGAGAACCAAAGCGAGAAUGAGCAAGGAAUUAAGAAGUCCCCAAGCCCCGUCGUUGAGGAAAAAUUGAAAAGUCGCCUCACUUUCUCUCUAGAGCAAAAUGCGUCACCAGCAAUGGAAGCAACCGAGGAGAAUAUCAUGGGUAAUGAGUUUGAGCCUAUGGAUGUGGAUAUAUCAAUGAGGGCUGAGCCAGCUUCUGCCCCGGCUCCGCUGUCACCGCCCAUACCUACACAUCAAACAAAACAACUUAGUACAUCUGAAGACGUGCAGCCGCGGGAACAAUUGCAUGAGACCAAAUCUCCACCCAUACCAACUCAUCGUCCCAAGGAGCUACAACGGGAGACCCACUCACCGCCCAUACCUACACAUAAGCCGCAUCCACAACUUAAGCGUCCGUCCAUACAUGAAGAUGUGUCUCCAUCCACUUCCGCAGUCGUCCAGCCGUUGCCGUCCAUCUCCAAUGCAACCGUUUUGCUUGAGGAACAAAAAUUGUCAGCCAAGGAACAGCUCAGCGCCAGCGAUGAGAAGGAUGAUGUGUUCGUUGAGCACUUUGGUGCCAUAUCACCCAUCUCUGAUGACAUCUUCAAGGCUCCGCAGUAUAGCAGCAGCAGCUUUAGUAAGAUGGCAAAGGGCAAGAGUAUUGAACCAGCGGUUAGCGACUCCACCAAGGAGCAGUUCUAUGAUGCCGAAUUCCAGGAUGGAGCCAACGACAACAACAUAAUAUUCAAUUCAUCAGAUUUCGAUUAUUUAUACACAAAAGGCAGCAACAAUGCGCCCAUUGAUCGCAGUUCGUUGCUAUUGAAAUUCGAUCCGCUUCUCGGUGCUCCGGUGCCUGUGAAUCAAUCCCAGCAUCAGCAGGAGCAAACACUGCUUAAUAUAUUAAGCAAUAAUAACAACUUAGCACGUGCAUUGAGCCCCACAUUGGAGGAGCACGAGACAAGCGGCAGUAAUCAGUCGUUUGUUAUUGAACCGAGUGCCAAAACAUCCAAAAAGUCAGAGGGACCUGGAACCCAUCAGGAAUUGCAGAUAAAACCGCCUGUGGAUAGAUCAAAAAAGCAUGCUAAAAUGAGUGUGGACGUCAUUGAUAACGAUUGCAACAAACCCUUCGACAAUUCCAACUUGAACUCGGAGGACAAGACCAACAAAUAUAACAAUAUGGAUGAACUGGAGAAGAAAAUAAAGAAUGAAGUCACCCGCUCUGAGGAUAUUGAAAAGAAACUCAAGGAUGCCGAACAACGUGAGGAAGCGCUCGUCAAACGCAUUACAGAUAAGGAUAAGACAAACACAAAGCUCAAUGGCGUUAUUGAAGCCUACGAGAAAGCCAUUGCAGAGUUAAUCCACGACAAGGAGCAAUUGGUGCAAAACCAUGAACGGGAAAUGCAGGAGGUACAAACAGAUCGUGAUUCCAAUUAUCAUCACCUAACGUCGCUGGAAACGACAUUCUCUGACCUGCAUGUGAAAUAUGAAAAAAGCAAAGAGAUGACAUCUCAUCUGAAGCAGAUCGAGGAAAAUCUCCUGGAUGAAAAGAAAAAAUUGCAAGAGAAAUUGCGACAGCAAGAACAGAGAUAUGAACAAAUGAAAAGCCAUGCCAUGCAGCAAAUGGAAAUUGCCAACAAAAAACUGGCCACUAUUUCAAAGGAGCAUACGGAUGAGGUGAAAAAAUUGAAAGCUUUACUCAAAAAAGAGGAAGUGUCGCGCAUCUCAACGGCCGAGCAGCUGCAACAGAAAUCGCGAGAGAAUGCCGAUCUGCUUAAAAUUUGCGAGGAAUUAAUUUACGACAAAGGACAAGGUGGUAGUAGUUAAACUUCACCCAAUGUCAUCAAUAUUUUGCGGCCUGAAUGUAUUAUCUUCAUACAAUUUAAAGCUGUAAACGCACAGACGCACACACACACACACACACACAUCUACAUCUAUAACACAAACUCUCAUAUGCAUACAUACAACAAAGGGCAUGUGGCAUGCAUGUUUGACGCAUGAUAUUCACUCAUAACGCAUACUAUCUCAUUACAUUUUGUAACUUUUGUUGUGUGCUUUCGUGAGUUAUCGUGAAUCGAACUCCACAUAUGAAAUCUCAACUUUGUACGCUAUCCGUCGUUAGAAUGGAGUAUCCCCCACUAUAUACCUAACUAUCCAUAUACGUAUUGUACUAUUUCUAGAUUUUUAGUUGUCGUUUGCCUAAUUUAAGCACAACACAGCAAAAACAACAACCGCAGAUAGAACAUCCAACAUACGAUACACAACUGAGCAUCGAUUGAGUUCCACACACGUUGAGAUCCACACGCCUUACGGGGUUUUGUCCCAAAUGAUAUUAUCGCAUUGUUUUGCUUGAAAAUCCCUCAGCCAUUUUCAAGGCAAAUGACAAUUGCUAUUUUCCCUCUCAUCCUUCUACCAAUACAUCCAAACACACACACACUCUUUUUGUUUGUUGUGUUCUAUUAACUGAUGAAAUUAAUAAUAACAUUAAUGCGGAAAAUUAAAAGUAUCGCGUAUGGUAGACACGCGCCCUUUACUAAAUGUCUAAGUUUACAAUUAGAUUAAUUUAAAAUUUAAAAAAUUAAUGAUUAUUAAGCAUAUAAUUCUGUAUUACAUAAUAGUACUAAAACAAAAAGAAAUGAAUAAUAGAAAAAAAAAACAAACAACUAUUUAUGAAUUAAAAAACAAAAACCAAUAUAUUAUUAAUUUAUUUAAUUGCAGCUUCUAUUUAGUUAUUAUUUUAUAUGAAGUUGGAAGAGUUCGGGUUUGAACAAAAAUUAGUUAAUUGAUUUACUGCAAAUGCACGCCUGAACAAAUUUUCGCUCGAUACACUUUGAUAUACAAUCUAUAGUUCGCUUUGUAGACACCACCUCACCUCUGAAAAACUGAAAUGAAUUUUACUUCCAUUUAUUACUAAGCUGUAUGAAAUUGAAAGAAAGAAUUAAUGUUGUUAAUACACAUAAUGAAAAGAAAUGCAAUCGUAUUGAAAAUAAUCGUAUACAAAAUUUGUACCCAGUCCAUGUAAUCAAAUAUAUUGCUACCAUAUAAAAACAUACGUAUAUAUAACGGUAUAAAUAUACACAUAUAUAUUUUUCUAAAGUUGAUGAAACACGCGCUUUUAAAAAAUAUAUAUAACUUGAACUCAAAUCCGUUUUGUUGUUUCAAAUUUAAGAUGAAGAAAAUCUAUAUCAAUGCGCUGUAAAAAAAUACACAUAAUAUAGUAUUAAUAACAUUCACACUCAUGAUUAUGUAUGUGAAUGUUGGACAUUGAGCAUGUAAGGUGAUGAUCAAGUUGCAAAAUUCAAUAAAUAAACUAUGUACGAAAAA